AUCCAUGUAAAAAGCAGCAGCAGGGCUACAUAUUUCCACUGACUAACCUAAUAUACAGUAGCUAUCAUUCCUGCAUAUUAGAGGUGUAGAUGAGAUUUUUCAGGUAAAUUAGAUCAAUUGAAUGGCAAGCUCAUGAAGAAUGAAAAGGAGGCUCUUUAGGUGGAACUCCACAAAAAAAUCAUCCUUGGUCAUCAACAAAUUUUUUUUAUGGUGGAGGGCUUCAUGGUCAUUUUUAACAAGCAUUAACAAAGAAUGCAAUGAAAUGUCACUAAAUAUUUUAUGUUUUGGGAGAUCCACUUAUUUUUGCAUUUCAGCAUUUAACAAUACAUGUAUUUAUAAGUGAAUCUAAGGCUGAUAUAAUACAGAAAUACAGAACAAUAACAAUAACAGAACAAUACCGACAUAAAAUGAAAUAUACCUAUAAGUUUCAUUGCUGUACUCAAAAUGUCUCAGUAAUUACAUGCUAUAGUAAAUUUUCUUGUACUUCAUAUUUAUAAUACACUACUACAAUAUAUAUAGCCAAAAGUCUGUGGACACCUAACCAUCACACCCAUAUAUGGUUCUUCCGCAAACGGUUGCCACAAAGUUAUAAGCACACAACUGCAUAGGACAUCUUUGUAUUCUCUAGCGUUACAAUUUCCCUUCAGUGGAAAUCUAACUGGCCUGUCCCAAACUUGUCCGUUGUUGCAAUAAAUUGGACAAUAAACUGGAGUCAGGGUUUUUGAUAAGCCAGUUUACUCAUGUGUUGUGUUUAGAAGGUCAGAGCAUCUAUAUCUAUGUUAUGUUUUCUUUUUAUGUAUAUCUAUUUAACAGACUAGUGUGUAACCCAACAAAAUAAUACACAUAAAGCUCUUCCAUGUCUUUUAUAUUAUUUUCAGGGUUAUAAAGCACUUUGAGCCAUUGCACCAGUAAAUUGAUUUUAUUAUUUGUUUUUCUAAUGAUAAAUAGGCACAGACAUUCCAAACUUCAAAUACCUACCCUGCUGGAAAAAUAAACAAUAGAAACCCUUAUAGAAUUUUUAGUGGUUAUAAUGGGAAUUGUACUGGUUUUAAUAGAAACGGCAAUGGUCCCUGUGGGUAUCUACUGGUUAUUUGUUUCCUUCUCUUGGUGGCAUGAUAUGUCUAAUGGAUACCAUUAAGGACCAAUAAUGGUAAUGGUAACAGUUUUAAUGUUUAGCUGAUGGUUUGUAAUUGUAUAUGUCGUGGUUACCAUUAGAAUUUCUAUGAUGGUUUCUGUUGGAAGUUUUUUGGGGGUUUUUUUCCAGCAGGGUACAACUGGAAAUUAAAAUAACAGCCAGGUAUAUGAACUUUUGACUCAUUAAUGUGCUUCAGACACCGAUGGAGCUUUAAAAUCAUUUUUAAAAAUGGGUCAAAACAUUGUUUGCUACUCUAACCCCUCACUAUAAUGGAUGAGAGCGGCGCUUGCAGAUGACGUCACGUGAAUUUUCCCGGGCUUGGCUGCGUCAACCAAUCACACUCCGCAUCUUUAGCUUCAUGCUGCAGCGAGGAUCUUACCGAAAUUGACCAAAGCUAUGGAUUUGAGAGACUUUGAGGCGGAUAAUUCGGUCAGUUGCCGGCUGUCCUCUCCUGUCCCUGAUGUCUGCAGGACUGAAGACUGCUGUCUGGGCAUCGACGAGGCCGGCAGAGGUCCUGUCCUGGGUCCUAUGGUGUAUGGAAUAUGUUUCUGUCCUGUGUCCAGAAAGGAGAACCUGAAGAACCUGAAAGUUGCAGACUCGAAGACGCUGAGCGAGGCGGAGAGAGAGAAUCUGUUCCUGAAGCUGGACAAGGCCAAAGGUUUUGUGGGCUGGGCUCUUCAGAUCCUCUCACCCAAUACCAUCUCCACCAGCAUGUUACAGAGGGUGAAGUAUAACCUAAACGCUCUGUCUCAUGAUGCCGCUAUCGGGUUAGUGCAGUACGCGCUGGACUGCGGAGUCCAGCUCAAAGAGGUGUUUGUGGACACGGUGGGCCCGGCGGAGAAAUACGAGGAGAAGCUGUCUCAGCGUUUUCCCGGGGUGAAGGUGACCGUACGGCCCAAAGCAGACUCGCUCUUCCCCAUCGUCAGCGCCGCCAGCAUCUGCGCCAAGGUGGCUCGAGACCAUGCCGUGAAAGACUGGAAGUUUACAGAAGAUCUAGGCAGAGUGGACACCGAUUACGGCUCGGGAUACCCCAACGACCCAAAGACUAAGAGCUGGCUGUUGAAGUAUCUGGACCCGGUGUUCGGUUAUCCGCAGUUUGUGCGUUUCAGCUGGAGCACAGCGCAGACUCUACUGGACAGCAAAGCAGUCCCAGUGCACUGGGACGAUGACGAGGAGGACGGAGAGAAAGCGGCAGCUCGACAGAAUAAUACGUCCGUGCUGUCGUACUUCAGUCGCAGCAAACCUGCCGGCAACACACACACGAGAGAGACACACCGCUUCUUCACCGAGCGCAGAUUACAGAGCAUCGACACACUCUGAAUACGCAGACACACAGUGUAGUCACGCAUGUGUGUGUGUGUCUGUAUGUGUAUGUGUGUGUAUAUAUUAUAUAUAUAUAUAUAUAUAUACACACACACACACGCACGCACACACACACACACAUUGUCGACUGUAAAGCAACAGCACUCUGUGAAGGUCUUCUGGAAAUUUUUGUGUUGUAUUUUUUUAAACAACUUUCUUAAUAUUCCAGAAAUAAAAUGUGAAUUUUAUACAUCAAGGUUU